CGGCCGCAGAUUCGCCACGGCCGCGGGCCCCCGGCUCCGCCCUCGCCGGGCGCAUGGCGAGCCGCACGCCCGGCCGGGCACCGAGGCCUCAUGGCGGCCGGGCCGCCGUCCCGGGGGGCCCCGUGUGCGCGGCCGCCUACCCUGACCGUCCGGUGGAGCUGCCCGCUCGCCUGCAGGCCGGCGCGAUGCGGCGCCGCUUCUGGGGCGUGCUCAACUGCCUGUGCGCCGGCGCGUUCGGGGCCCUGGCCGCCGCCGCCGCCAAGCUGGCCUUCGGCAGCCAGGUGAACAUUGCCUUCUGUGUCUUAGGCAUUUUUGCCAUGGCAAGCACCAAUUCUCUGAUGUGGACCUUCUUUAGCCGGGGCCUCAGUUUCUCUAUGUCUUCAGCCAUUGCAUCUGUCACAGUGACUUUUUCAAACAUACUCAGCUCGGCUGUCUUAGGCUACAUGCUGUAUGGAGAGUGCCAGGAGGUCCUGUGGUGGGGAGGCGUGUUCCUCAUCCUCUGUGGGCUCACCCUUAUCCACAGGACGUUACCACCCACCUGGAAGGCAGGCAAGCAGUGACACCAGCUGGCUGGACAGACCACUUUAAAGAUAGCCAUGGCGCCCAGCUGCUGGCUGACAAGUAGGACUGCUUCCAGGUGACCACAGGCAGAUGCCAGACAGCUGCUGGCCUCUGACCGCCUCACACCUGGACGAGGGAAGCAUUAGCUCCGAUAAGAGGCAGAUAACCACCACAGUCUGAAGACCAAGUCCUUGUUUGAGUCUUGUGUGCCAGGGCUACUCAGUGAGUCCUGGAAGACUCUGAUCUAAGGGAUGCUCAGCAAUGUGGCAAGUACUGAAAACAUCCUGUGAUUUUAGUCCCACUACCUGACCAGGCCCUUCACAUACCCUGGAAUCGGCAGCUUGCAGGGCAGUGUGUCAGUCUGUCCUGCCUAUGACUCCACAACAGAAGAAAACUUGGGCUAAUAAACGCUUAUUUAAAGCUA